AUGUCUGAACCAACCACGCAGUCGCCCUCAGCUGGCGACCCACCGCCUUACAUCUUGGUCGAGGUACCCCAGGGCACAGCGCCGGAGCGGUACGUGGUGUCGGACGAGGUCAACAAACCCUCGCUUGGAUUACCGGCGCUGCCUACACGGCCGCUCUCUGCUCCUCCGGCUCCGGUGCCCGAGGAAAAGCCAGCAGCAGGUCAAUAUGCCGCGAGCAUAAGUAGCGUACCAGGCACAGGCGGCAAUAGCACACCGACUAGCCCGGUCCCGGCGCAGUCUCCAGACGGGACGAAUGGCGAGGUGAUAGUAGGAGAGGAGGAAGCCGAAAAGUCGAGCCACUUUGCCAAGCGCUUCAUGGGCAACAUGCUGGUGGCGCGCCUGGGGCGAGCGGGCGUGCAGUCGGUCUCGUCCACGGUCAAGCUGCCGCUGUACCUGUCGCCGUGGGGCGACAACAACCCCUUUGUGCUGCCCAACCUGCGCAAGCGCGACCUCGCGCUCGCCGGCGUCAUGCACUUUGGCGCCGACGCCCUCAUCGGCAGCUCCCUGACCGCCGUCGAGACCGUCGUGGCCCACGGCGCCACCUGGACCGCCGAGCAGUCGGUCGACCAGGGCUACGACAAGCUGCGCGGCGGCAACCGGCCCCACAGCGUCAAGCGCACCGCCGGCUUGACCAGUGUCGAGAUUCGGAUCAAGCACAAGCUCAUUGGCGAGGAAGCCGAGCUGCGCUUUUUCGAGUCCAAGGGCACAAGGAAUGCCCUCAGCUGUGCCAAGGGUUGGUUCUGUCCUUACCUGUACUGCUCGAGCCGCGUGUCGCAGCUGUCGAGGUUGAAGGAUUUCACAGUGGCCGAAGUCAUGGGUCCGGGAUUAAAAGCCGAUGCAGCACUUGCACCUACAUUGCUGUCGUGCAUCACCAACGAGGACGCACCCCUGUGCCGGCUAGACGCUGGAGAGGACGCCGGGACCACUAGUACAAACUACAAACGGUUCGCCAUAUUCUUCAUGGGCAUGUCGCCGUACCGGACAGCCUCCACGUGGUCGCAGGCCAAGGUGCCGGGUGAAGCCCGCAUCCGCUUCCACCUCCUCACUCAUAUUCCCGCCAUUGUCGUGCCUAUCAAGUCGGCAGCUCCCGUAUGUGCUUGGAGUCCCUGGACCCUGGACCAGAUGGUGGGGAGCAAAGACGGGUACACGGCGGAUUCACACCGCGAGGAGAUUCUGCGCUAUUUGGACACGGUCAUUGAUGCCACAUACAUGAGGGAGCAGAGCCAGCAAACUUGGCGGCAAGAGCUUGGGGCUGCCCUUGAUCAAAUAUUGGCUGGCACAAGGAACAUUUCGUCGACUUUGGGAUCCAUAGCCGAUGCAUUUGAGAACGAGUACGGUGGUAUUGUCAUGUUUAGAUUCUAG